AUGAUUCGAGGCUUGCUGAACAUUCGGCGCCAUUUCGCGACGUCGACGCGAAGUGGACCUCUCGAUGGGGUGACAAUCGUGGACGCUACUCGUAUACUCGCCGGUCCAUUUUGUACCAUGUUGUUGAGUGACUUGGGUGCACGUGUGAUCAAAGUCGAGCAUCCGAAAGGUGGAGACGAAGUUCGCCGCUGGGGCCCGCCGUUUGUGCGUGGUGGCGAAUCCUGCUACUACUUAGCCAUCAACCGAAACAAAGAAAGCAUCACUGUCAAUCUGACGUCCACGAAGGGCCAGGAAAUCGUCCGUCGCCUCGUGUCCAAGGCUGACGUGUUUGUGGAGAACUUCAUGCCUCGCAAGUUGGCGAAAUACUCCCUGGAUUACGACGCUCUGAGCAAGUUGAAUGAUGGGUUGAUUUAUUGCUCCAUCUCCGGGUUCGGCACAGAUGGGCCAUAUGGGCAACGAGCGGGUUAUGAUGUCAUGGCCGCAUCCAUCGGUGGGCUCAUGGGUGUGACAGGGCCGAAGGAUGGAGAACCAUGUAAAGCCGGUGUGGCCAUGACGGAUUUGUCGACUGGCUUGUAUGCUCACGGUGCAAUCAUGGCGGCAUUGCUCCACCGGGCUAAAACCGGAAAGGGACAGUUGGUAGGCGCGAAUUUGUUGGCGACGCAAGUCAGUUGUAUGGCCAACCUGGCCUCGAGUUACUUGAACGCCGGCGUGAUUUCCGAACGCCGCGGCACGGCGCACGAAAGUGUCGUCCCUUACCAGAGCUUCAAGUGCCGCGACGGCAUGUGGCUCACUGUAGGCGCCGGCAGCGAUCACCAUUUCAAGAAGUUUUCGUCCGUCAUCCUCCAACCCGACCUCGGCACGGAUCCUCGCUUUAUUACAAACGCUGACCGAGUCCGCAACCGCGACGAGCUCAUGCAAGUCCUCUGCGAGGUGUUCGCAGAAAAAACCUUGGACGAAUGGUUGAGUUUGUUUGAUGGGUCCGGGUUGCCUUACGGUCCUGUCAACUCGAUGGACCGAGUAUUUGCGGACCCGCAAGUGGUGCAUUUGGGAAUGGAACGAAGCGUUGAGCAUCCGAUUGCGGGCACUGUUAAGUUUGUGGGACCAGCUGUGCGGUACUCGGAGGCAGUUUGUGACGUUCGGUCUGCACCUCCGACGCUCGGCCAACACACAGAUUCCGUCCUGAGCUCUUUGGGUUACUCUAUAGAAGAAAUCGCGGGAUUUCGUGCUGCGGGGGACAUUUAG